CGUCAGUUCGUGGGAAGGUUCCUACGGCUGAGGCCGAGCUCCUAGGCAUGGGUUCUUUCGUUUCCCAGCCACUUGAGCCAGUCAAGGGCGUUGCGCCUCCUGAUGUCGCCUCCUCCGCCAACCCCGCGCCCGUCAUUGCACCCGGAGCGCCGACCUCUCCAGCAGAAGCCCCUCUAUUUAAUAACUGCUGGAGCUGUCGCGUGCUCUCCGGGUCCGGGCUGAUAGGGGCGGGCGGGUACGUGUACUGGGCGGCAAGGAAGCCCAUGAAGCUGGGAUACCCCCCGGGUCCAGGAGCUAUUGCGCAGAUGGUCUUCGGCAUCAGCAUUGCUUGCUGGGGUGUAGUCAUCCUGUCAGACCCCAAAGGGAAGGCCUUCCGCGCUGGUUGAAGUACCACCAUUGAAUUUGUCAUCUCUCGGCAUCCCCGUGACACACAGAGCAAGCAUGGGGCGUAUGCAUGUUCUGGACAGACGCAUGGACACUGACAGACUUCAGUCCUGCAGAUACUAUAAGACUGAAGAGACAAACAUGGGUUGUCAUUCGUUGGCCAUAAGUGUUUGUGGCCUUCUUCGCAGGUUCCACAGGGACCAAUAAAUCCCUCAGAGAAGAGGUUCUUUGUGUUAUUUGAGGAAGGAGGGUAUAAUUUUUAAAAAAUAUAGAGGAAAUGAUAAACCAAAUGAGAAAGUGACCUAAGUUAUUUUAAAGAGUUCUUUCUACUUCUCCUGUGGUUGGGUCAACACCUACUAUCCACCUCAUCCUGGAUAGGCAUCAUGCAAUAGGCAGAAGUGCAUAAAACAUUUAUCUGUGUACUGCUCAUACUUCCCAAAGCAUUGUCAGAUCCAUGACCUUGUGAGAGUUUCCCAGCUACUCUGAGGUGGUUAUUUCAUUGUUGGUAAGUGAACCUUAAAAAACAGAGUCCUAGUGAUUUGCCCAGGGUCAUUCAGCAAGUCAGUGAUAGACUUAGGACUUGUUCUUGUCCAGCUGUUCUUGUCUUUCAGAACUAGGAUUGUUCCAGAGAGGCAAGAAUUACCUUUAUGAAACAAUUAGAUAAUCAUAAAAAUCAGCAUAAAAUAAAAAGCUCAAGUACUGAAAUAUUUGAGAGAAA